AUGGAAGACGUCAUAGCUCGCAUGCAAGAUGAGAAAAAUGGGAUUCCUAUUCGUACAGUCAAAAGUUUUCUUUCCAAGAUCCCCAGUGUCUUUUCUGGUUCAGACAUUGUUCAGUGGUUGACAAAGAACUUAUCUAUAGAAGAUCCAGUGGAAGCUCUACAUUUGGGAACACUGAUGGCAGCACAUGGUUAUUUUUUUCCAAUCUCAGACCAUGUUCUAACACUAAAGGAUGAUGGCACAUUUUAUCGAUUCCAGACACCCUAUUUUUGGCCAUCAAAUUGUUGGGAGCCGGAAAACACAGACUAUGCGGUUUACCUCUGCAAGCGGACAAUGCAAAAUAAAGCAAGGCUAGAGCUAGCAGACUAUGAAGCUGAGAGCUUGGCCAGGCUACAGCGAGCAUUUGCUCGGAAGUGGGAGUUUAUUUUUAUGCAAGCUGAAGCACAAGCAAAAGUUGACAAGAAGAGAGACAAGAUAGAAAGGAAAAUUCUUGACAGCCAGGAGCGAGCGUUUUGGGAUGUGCACCGGCCAGUGCCUGGAUGUGUAAACACUACUGAAGUUGAUAUAAAAAAGUCUUCAAGAAUGAGAAAUCCACAUAAAACAAGAAAGUCUGUCUAUGGCUUACAAAAUGACAUCCGAAGUCACAGCCCUACUCACACACCAGUACCAGAGACUAAACCUCCCACAGAAGAUGAACUACAGCAAGAGAUUAAACACUGGCAAAUGCAAUUAGACAGACAUCGAUUAAAAAUGUCAAAAGUUGCAGAGAGUCUAUUAGCUUAUACAGAGCAGUAUUUGGAAUAUGAUCCUUUUCUUGUGCCCCCUGAUCCCUCAAACCCUUGGAUAUCUGAUGACACCACUUUCUGGGAACUGGAGGCAAGCAAAGAGCCAGGACAGCAGAGGGUGAAACGAUGGGGAUUUGGGAUGGAUGAAGCUUUGAAAGACCCUGUGGGAAGAGAGCAAUUUCUCAAGUUCCUGGAGUCAGAAUUCAGUUCAGAAAAUUUAAGGUUCUGGCUAGCAGUAGAAGACCUGAAGAAGAGGCCCAUCCGUGAAGUUCCUGCUCGUGUCCAAGAAAUCUGGCAAGAAUUUCUUGCUCCAGGUGCACCCAGUGCCAUCAAUCUAGAUUCAAAAAGUUAUGACAAAACCACGCAGAAUGUAAAGGACCCUGGAAGAUACACAUUUGAAGAUGCUCAGGAGCACAUUUACAAACUGAUGAAAAGUGAUUCUUACCCUCGUUUUAUACGAUCCAGUGCCUACCAGGAGCUGCUACAGGCCAAGAAAAAGGUAUUGGUCCAUCUUGCCUUUGUCUUGCCACUGUGCAAAGCAGUGGUUAUGUUUGCAACAAUACUCAGUCUUCUCUCCCCUGUGCCAGUGCAACUGGAUAUCUGGUAGGUGACCAACUUGGCGUAUUUGGAGGGUCACAUAUACACAGGAGUUCAAUAUACAUAUAUGUGUAUAUAUCCUGCAUGUGGGCAUGUUGCAAUAAGUUAUUCUAGCAAAACGUAUUUUUAUUUUUACAUCCCAUAUUGUACUGUUUUCUCUGUUAUGAAGCACCUUAAAUUGCAAAGUGCUUUACAAAUACAUUAAAAAAUAAAAUAAAAUCCCAGAAGAAUAGUCUUUCAUGUUUGCAAGUUUGCUUAUGUAAUAACUGUUGUUCUCUUUAUUCCACCUGUAAAAUCGACAGAAUGUGUUUAGAAACAGUCUCACUCAUAUGAAUAACUUCUGAUUCCAACUAUAAAAAUAGGGGCUUCCCAAUCCUAUUUCUUUCCCUAUUAUUACGUGAAUAGUUUCAAACAGACUGAUCAUGUCACACUUGUACAAUCAGAGGCUCAUGUAUUGGCAUGUAAUGUUUGCUUAGAGAAGCCCAGAUUCAGAAUUGACUCCUGAAAAGGCACAGCCCAGAGUAUGUGGAGCAGUUUGUGCAAUGCAGAAUUCUAUAAUGAUAAAUAAUUUUAUUAGAGGGCUCUAAAUAGUGAUCUCCUAGAAUCACCUGGGAGCCAUGUGCUUGCAAAAUCAGGACCCUGUCAUUGAAAUGAGGUAGUUAUUGACAUCGUAACAUUCUACUGUUUAUAAUGACGACCUAAAAUUAUAUGAAAGUACUGUGUGAUUUUGUUUUUUGUUCAAACAUUGAUUUCUGAAGAUCCAAUAUAGAGAGAAAUGUUGAAAAUACCAGAAAGCUACAACUGUCCGUGUGAAGUCCUUAAGUUUGUGAUUGUCAGUUCAUUAACACAAGAUGUGCACUUCAUUAUUUCUUUUUAUUUUCAGUUUUUCUUUUAAAUCAAACCAUUUUGAUUCCCAUGAAAAAUGAUUUUUGUCAAAUACUAUAUCUGCUUUGCCCAUCUGCUGUUUUGCAGAGUCCCAUUACAUCUUCAUACCUAUAUUUGCUUCCUUAUUUAUACAAAUUUUGUUUUGCAGUCCAUUGUUUCAUCAGUCCUUUUCUACUCCAUUUUUUCUUGCUUUUCUUUUUCCCCUCCUUUUUCUUUUAAUUUUAUUUUAAAUUUAAGUUGGAAAACACACUGGAUCGUCGAACAUCUUUUGAGAAAUUCACACGCAAUGUGGUAAGUUUGUUGCCUUGGAAGACUAGUAAACCUGAUGGGACAUCCUUCUCCUUUCCCCCUCACCGAACCUUCCUUUCCCUUUUUGCUUCUCUAACCUGACAGUUAAAAGUCUGUUUAUCACAGUUUGUGAAUUUUCCUAGGAAUGUCAGCUUUAUAAUCUACUUUCAUUACAACCCCUCCUCCUUAGUCCUUUUUCUGCUGACCUCCACAGUCACAUAUGGAGGAAUGAAACUUUGGGAGCCAUGCUUUUUACAUUAGGAAGCAUGAAAUGAUUUGCUUCUUUUUUUAAUUUGUAGUAAAGAAUCUGUGAAAACCUGCUUAUGUUGUUCCUUUUUCCAGUGCCUCCCAAAAUACUAAGCCUGAUAUAGUUUAAGUAUAAUGGAUUUCAUUGCUGUCUCUUUUUUUUUGUUUUACUAGAAAAGCGUUUCUCCCAUUUUUGUAAUUGGGGACAGGGAAAAAUAAGCAAUAAUAAUUUCCCUUUCCCUAUCCUUCUUAACGCACAGCUUCUUUAGGACCAAAGAAUUGAUGCUGAUGAUACAGAAGGGUUUGAUUAAGAUUUCAAUUUGUUUAUAGAUACAGCAAGUGAUUAUUUUUCUUUUUAAUAAUAAUUUUGGAAAUAUAUUUCACCAAGGUAAAAAUGUGAAGACUGGUAAAUUUGCUGUGGCAUUAUCUUGCCACCAGCCAAAAGAUCCACUGAUUGCUUGAAAUGUGGGAUUCUUUUUACUUAUCCGGUUUCUUUGGAUUUUUUUUAAACUCUGUGAAAGUUCCAACUAAAGCAUUCAACGCAUUUAUUUUUGUAGGGCAGAAACAUCCCUAUUUUCCCAUGCCAUAAAAACUGUACACCAACACUGAGGGCGAGCACUAACCUGUUAUGAAAAGAGGUAGAAAGAUCUUGGAUUCUACUCAAGUUUGUCUGCAUUGUCUGUUGAAUUGUGCAGUUGAUGCUGCUGUGUGUGUGUGUGUGCAUCUGUGGCUUUUUCUGUGACCUGGUUAGUGGAGCUGUGUGCGUUGAAAUGACAAAUAUGACAGCUUUCAGCAAAGAUCAUGGUUUUUGUUUUUUAGUUACUAGGGAAGGAGAAGCAGUUCUCAGAAACUGCCUCCCAUAUAAUGAGGCUUAAGAGUGUUUCCUCAAGUAUUUAAAUUGCAUAUACAUUCCACUAAUCAGAACAAGAAACAAACACAGUGAAAGUACAACAUUCUGUGAGGUUGUAGGAAUAUCUCACAUGUUAAAACAAAACUGUAAUCCUUUGACUACUUUCUUAUAGGUAAAGGCUUCCUGUAAUAUGCUUUGAAUCCACUGCAAUCAGGAACAAAUUUGAAUUCAAUGGGACAAAGUCAGUAAGACUAAAAAGCAAAUGAACAGCCACAAAGUGAAACUAUCUCAAUGUUUGAAACAAAAACCCCUAUUUUUUGCAUGGUGGUGUUGCCAUAGCAUGUUGCAGUGUGAUUUGUGUGUUGUCUGAACAGGUUGAUCUAUACAACAAUGUUAUACGUGACAACAUUAUACGUAAUGAUUCUACUUUCUUCCAUGGAGAUGUUUAACAGGAAGUUCCACAGUAAUAAACGAGCCUGGGUUAAUGAGAGAGAGCGCAGACAGUACAUCUGGGACCUCUGAGAGGCAAGAUUUUGCUCAUCACAGUGCCUGACAAACUACAGUGUGUAGGCUGGGUGUUUAAGUAGCCAGCUGAUCAGGAACUGGUUAUGAUAAAAAGUACGUAAACAAGUGGCUCUAAGGAGAGAAAUAGCAAGCUCCAAGCAGAUGCAGGGAAAACAACACAAAAAAGUGUAAAAGUGAACACAGACUGGGAGGCACUAAGGUUACUCUCUGAUAAAGCAUCAGCCCUGUACACCAGCACUGGAGCAGCAUAGUGCCCUGCCAGCAUGCCCAACAUUCAGCAGCUAAUCUCAGGCAGAUGAGAUGACAUCAGCAGGAUGCUGGAGAUGUAAGGCAGGCCCAGUAACAAAGCUGUGAGCUAGAAUGAGAGGAGCGAGGAUUUCUGAAUAUGAAGCAUUAGUACUUCAGUAGAAGAGGGUGAUUCUUUUCUCAUGGUGCAAGCUAUAAUGUAAAUACUGUGCAUUUGCUUUUCCUCAAACUAUUGCCCUAUGAAUUUGGGUAGAAUCUGUCAAGUUGGGUCAGCUAGAAAAGUAAAAAAUAUCACUUCUAAGCAUACAUUCCUGAUGAGACGAGCAGCUCAGAAGCUUGCAAACUACUCCAGAAUAUCAGGGUUCUCAGGUACAAACAUUUUUUUGUGAGAGAUCUGAGUUUCUAAUCCCGCACGGGCGCAGGACCCCUUGCCACCAGGGAUCCUUCGGUACACUGGUUCUAACAUGCAGGGAUGAAGCAAGUGUUUCUCAGAAUAUCCUACUGAUUAACUUGUUCUACUGUGAGGGGACAGACUGUGGUAAAAGACCUGCUCUUCUGAUUAAUACAAAAAACAGAUGUGAAACAGGUCUUCUACAACUUAGCCAAAUGCGGUGGUCUCUGAAUGAUUUAUAAAGAAGAAAAUUGUAUUUUCACUUAUCUUCUGACAAUUUAGAAAAUACAGACUCAUUUCCACUGUUAUUUUUCUCAAUUACAUCCAAGUGGCUUUUCAUUGAAUUAAAUUAGACCUCGGUAUUUUUAUUUGAAAUGUUAAAAAAAAAACAACCAACCAGUUGUGUAUAGGGACUGAACGUGAGAGGAUGACCUUGUGAUUCAUAACCUGAUUUGUUAAGCUGAGACUGUCAGAGACUUCUGAACCUUUUGUGAGCAGUAAUUGGAAGUGGGUUAUACUCACCAUUUGCUAAGGUAGAAAAUUUUAAAACUUUCUAUGUGGUAUCCCUCUAUAUUAAUCAUAAAAUUAAAUAGAAAUCAGCUAGGAUAGUCACUCAUUAUUUUAGUUUGGUAGGGAAAUAAACAGAAGUGAAUCUAUCCACACAUAAAAACUAGGCUUAGCUUUGCAUUUCUUUGAGACUGUAGAGGUUUUUUUUUCAGAAAGCUUUCAAUAAUUCAGUGCACUU